AUGUCUCUUCUGUUUUCCUCUUCCCUCCAUCUCUCACCUUCGUCAACUCCGGCUGCAACUUCCAUCCGUUACCGUCUUAUUCCUCCCCGCACCGCCGCCUUCUCAUCGUCUCCGCCGGCCGGCGGUCUCUUCUCCGUUUCCGGAACUUCUCAGUCUCCUUUCCCGGACGACCACAUUCUCCGUGGACCUCUUUACUGCUCCUCCUCCUCAUCUAUGUCGCUCGAGGAAUCUACUUCAGCUCACCAGUUGGAAGAUAGCUUGUUGUACUCGAGAGCUUUUUGGAUUAGCAAAUAUAGUAUAGCGUGGAAUGUGGAAGUUGGAAGCGGUUCGUGUUAUCUAUUCGCCAGUAAAAUGGCAACUCUGCGUGUUGAAGAUGGCUACGAUGUGAAAAUUAAGCUGGAAAAAGACCAUGGCCCACUUCCAGAAAAUGUGGUCAAAAAGUUCCCUCAUAUUCAAAACUACAGCCCUUUCACAGUCCCUCAUGCAUCGGAUGUUGAAACACUUCUCAAAUGUCAACUGGCAGUAGCCAAUUUCAACUCCUAUGGUCAAUGCAACAAUAUUACUUGCUUGCAGCUACCUGGUGUUCUUGAUGACUUGUUCUCAUAUGAAGGUCCGCUAGGUGCAGUUUACUUGAAGGAGGCUGUAUCACUUUACCUUUGGGCUCCAACUGCCCAAGCUGUACAGGCUCAAAUUUACAGGGACCCGGUGGGUGGAAUGCCAUUUGAAGUUAUCCAGCUUGAGGAGUUUGAUGGCGUUUGGAGAACUAAAGGGCCAAAAAGUUGGGAAGGCUGUUAUUAUGAAUAUGAAGUAACAGUCUACCAUCCUAGCACCUUACGAGUUGAAAAGUGCUUUACUAGUGAUCCUUAUGCCAGAGGGAUCUCAUCAGAUGCAAGGCGGACAUUGUUUGUUGAUCUUGGCUCUGAUGAUCUAAAACCUGAGGGAUGGGAUAAAUUGGCGGACGAGAAACCCCCCCUGCAUUCUUUUUCUGACAUUAGUAUUUAUGAGUUGCAUAUAAGGGAUUUUAGUAUAAAUGAUCAAAGUGUGCAUCCUGAUCUACGUGGUGGUUAUAUGGCCUUCACUUUGCAGGAUUCUGCUGGUAUCACUCAUUUAAAAAAGCUAUCAAGUGCUGGUAUUAGUCAUGUUCAUCUACUGCCAACCUUCCAAUUUGCUGGUGUUGACGAUGACAAGACAAAGUGGAAGUCUCUUGGUAAGUGUAUAUAUUUGAUUGGCCUCUUGAGUCUCUUUUCCUUGAAUCCAAUAUAUUCAAUUUGUCUUACUUUGCAGCCGAACGAUCAUGACCAUGGUACGGACGAAGUUGCGGAAUUCAUGCUUGCUGUGUCAAGGGAUCAUAUUCAGGUUGGGAUGGCUGCCAAUUUGAGGGACUAUGUUCUGACCAAUUUUGAAGGAAAUGAGGUGAAGGGAUCAGAAGUACUAACUCAUGAUGGAUCCCCAGUGGCAUAUGCUUCUUGCCCCACCGAAACUGUGAAUUAUGUUUCUGCUCAUGAUAACGAAACCCUAUUUGACAUUGUCAGUUUAAAGACUCCAAGGAACAUUACAGUGAAUGACAGAUGCAGGAUUAAUCAUUUGGCAACCAGUAUAAUAGCACUAUCGCAGGGAAUACCAUUGUUCCACUGUGGUGAUGAAUUACUACGCUCGAAAUCAAUGGAUCGUGAUUCAUACAACUCUGGUGAUUGGUUCAACAGGCUCGACUUCACAUACAUGACAAAUAAUUGGGGAGUUGGUCUUCCUCCAAAAGAGAAGAAUGAAAAUAAUUGGCCCCUAAUAAAACCAAGACUGGCCAAUCCCUCCUUCAAGCCAAGCAAAAGUCACAUUCUUACUGCUGUGGAAAAUUUCACAAAUCUGUUACAAAUCAGAUACUCUUCACCCCUUUUCCGUUUGAAGACAGCUAAUGCUAUCCAGGAACGGGUCCGUUUCCACAACACAGGUGCGUCGCUUAUACCUGGAGUCAUAGUGAUGAGUAUUGAAGACGGGCACAAAGGCAUUCCAGGAUUAAGUCAGCUGGAUCCCAUUUACUCGUACAUUGUUGUCGUGGUUAAUGCACGUCCAACUGAGAUUUCAUUUCCUUGCCCUGCUUUGCGGGCAAGAACUCUUCAAUUACAUCCCAUUCAGGUGAUGUCAACCGAUCCAAUUGUAAAAAAUUCAACGUACGAGCCAUCCACGGGAUGCUUCAUGGUGCCCUCAAGGACGACAUCAGUAUUUGUGGAGCCUCGGAUGCAUGAGUAGCCUCUCAUUCUCUGAAAUGG